GCACGGGACGGAAGCGCGACUCGCAGCGAAAAGGACUCUAAUAAAGCCCUAGACUAGACUAGAAGAAGAACAGCAUCGGAAAUGGCGAGGCUGGGCGCCCUCUUCUUGGCCGUGAUCGCCGUCCUCCCUCUCAUCUGCAGCUGCUUCUCUGCCGACAGCCCCACCGACCGCCGCGUCCUCGUUCUCGUCGACGACCUCGCCCUCCGAUCCUCGCACUCCCUCUUCUUCAAUUCCCUCCAGUCCCGCGGCUUCGAUCUCGACUUCAAACUUGCCGACGAUCCCAAGCUCUCCCUCCAGAGAUAUGGACAGUACCUGUACGACGCCCUUAUCCUCUUCGCUCCUUCCACUCAACGUUUGGGUGGCUCGCUGGACCAAAAUGCGGUUUUGGAGUUCGUGGAUUCUGGGCGUGAUUUGAUUCUGGCAGCAGACUCAUCUGCCUCUGAUGUUAUCCGAGGCAUUGCCACGGAAUGUGGUGUAGAUUUCGAUGAGGAUCUGGAAGCGCUGGUUAUUGACCACACCAGCUACGCAGUCUCGGAGACCGAAGGGGAUCACACUCUCAUUGCCAGUGAUGCCCUCAUCCACUCAGAUGUGAUUUUGGGGGACAAAAAGAUUGAAGCUCCUAUACUAUUCCGAGGAACUGGGCAUUCUGUUAAUCCUGCUAAUAGUUUGGUUCUGAAAGUUUUGUCUGCCUCACCUUCAGCAUAUUCAGCAAAUCCAAAGACUAAGUUGUCAAGUCCUCCAUCUCUCACUGGAUCGGCAAUAUCUCUGGUUUCAAUCAUGCAGGCAAGAAACAAUGCUCGAGUGUUGAUAUCGGGAUCUUUGGAUCUAUUUAGCAAUCGAUUUUCGAAGUCUGUUGUGCAGAAGGCUGGGAGUAAGAUAAAAUACGAGAAAUCUGGAAACGAACAAUUUGUGACUGAAAUCAGCAAAUGGGUCUUCCACGAAAGGGGCCAUCUCAAGGCUGUCAAUGUCAGCCAUCGCAAAGUUGGAGAAAUGACAGAACCUGCAAUGUACCGUAUAAAUGAUGAUUUGGAAUACUCUGUUGAAAUCUAUGAAUGGUCUGGAACAAGCUGGGAACCUUAUGUUGCUGAUGAUGUUCAAGUUCAAUUCUACAUGAUGAGUCCCUAUGUUUUAAAAACAUUGUCGAAUAACCAGAAGGGUCUUUAUUCGACAUCCUUUAAAGUUCCAGAUGUCUACGGAGUUUUCCAAUUUAAGGUUGAGUACCAAAGGCUUGGAUAUACCAGUCUCCGUCUCGCAAAGCAGAUUCCUGUUCGUCCUUUCAGACACAAUGAGUAUGAGAGAUUCAUAACAGCAGCAUAUCCAUAUUACGGGGCAUCAUUUUCUACUAUGGCGGGAUUCUUCAUCUUCUCCAUUGUCUAUCUUUAUCAUAAGUAGAUGGUAUCAGGAGAAGAUCCGGUUGCGGCCGCUGCUUUUUCCCAGUGUUGGUCAUAUUUUGACUGCAAUGGGAUAGGUGGCUUUUUAAGUUAUUCAAGCUUUUAGCUUUAGCUCAUUUAACAUGCGCUCCAUCAUUAUCUCUAGUACUAGUGUAGUGUUUGUUUUAGAUCAGUUUUUAAAUUUUAUAUGCUACAAUCCGUUCGUUUUUCCCCCCUUCCCCAGUGCUAUGCAAAAUACAAAGGGACUAGAAAAGGUUGGAGCUGCGGAAUGCCAACAACAUUACUAGGUUAACAAACAUACGAUUAUUGUUCGAUGUUUUUGUCUAUUUGUUCACAUUUCUGCUACUAUUUUAGCAAAAUUGUAUUUUUUCUAUUUGAAAUAACUAGAUCGCCUUUGGGUGGUGAAAGGGCGUUGCACUUGGUUCGUAUUGUAAAAGAUUCUAGGAGUUGCUAAAUUAAAGGAAUGUCAUUCAAACAAGAUUUACUAGGGAAUAUAA